UCCGUAUCAAUCACAACUAAAAACUGCAAUCGAAUUCAAAGUCUUGAAGAAAAUGCGAAGAUUUUAUGCUAGGAUUUAGAGAUCCACCUUCUAAAUGGAUUUGUUGAUCGUUCAUCGAAUUCAAUUCUUGCAAUCUUGAUGGGUCAAAUAGGCUUCGAAUUGAGCGAUUGUGUAGCGAUCGAAUGGAUCUUAACAUUACAAACCCUAACAAAUGUAAGAAGAAGCUAGCGAACAAUGCCGUUUCUCAGAAGGAGGUCGAUUUUUGUAGGGAAGAAAAUGAGGAAUUGAAGUCAUUGUUGCCACCUCAAAGGGGCAGAAUGUCAACAAGACCGAAGAAUCUGUGGUGGAAAGUGCAAUGGAAUGAUAGGAAUGGCAACAAGCUUGCAGAAGUUUUUGAAUUCCAGCCAAGGUUAACUGCAUUAGUAAAACAAGGGGAUUAGAGGAUCUUAGAUGCAUUAUAUUUACCAAAAAUGGACUGUGAUGAUGUAAUCAGGUAUUUUCUUGCCAUGCGGUGUUACUGUUUUAUGGAAAAUUCCAAAGCGUCUAUUCCUUGGAGGAUGAUGCCAAAUUGCUCUCUAAGUCUUGGACUCAUUUCCAAAAAUGGACUGUGUGAUGAUGUAAUCGGGUUUGUUUUAUGGUUGUUUGUAUCUUGGUAGAUCAGGUUGAAUGUUGGAAUUCAUGUUCAACCUACGAGAUCAGGUUUAAGAAUGCAUGUGUAUGUCCAAUCUGUAAAAGGGUCAGUGGAGCCUGGCACUAAAUGAGUCAGGUUAGACUUGAUGAAUUUUUAACUGAGCUUGUUGGGCGAGAGAGUAAUGGAUUCUGGGUUAGGUUUUGGUGGGAAUUUUUAACUGAGCUAUCAGCAUUUAUCUUGUGCAGAUACCUUGGCAUAGUUUCUGUAAGGACAGAUGUUUAUUCAUUUGGAAUUGUUCUGUUGCAACUGAUAUCAGGAUGCAAUGUGAUCAAUGAAAAUCAAGAAGAGCAAAGCCAGUCUCUACUUCGAUGGGUAUGAAA